CCAAGUGUGAACGUCUCCGGUCGAUUGCAGUCGUUGCGAGCAAAGUGCUUGUGUUGUUUCAGUGUCUCGCGAAGCUCGCUGGGGCGCGGACGGGCGAGUGAGUGGCGCAUGAUGAUGUGAAUUGCAGACAUGUGUGCCUCCGUAUACUCCUCCCUGCUCCUUUUCACCCUUACCACCAUCUCCACGAUUUUCGAUACGAGGAUGGCAACCGAGGGCCUGCCGUUGGUGCGGCAGGAGCGCGGUGCCGACGACAGAGGCCUUCUGGCGGGAGCCGACUUCCUCUCAGUCUUCAUGAGCUCCUCUCUUCGCCAAGCUUACCUGGAGACCACCACGACCACAACCCCCGACCCGACAACAAUUCCGACAACGUGGCAGUCGGAUAGCUCUUACACUCGCGCCACUCGAAGCACCUCACUGCUGACGUCGCCUCCCCUUGCUCAAACCAACACAGAAGAUUCUAGUUUUUACGAUACGACACUAAGUGCUCAAUUACGUAAACUCGAACCGUCCAGUGACUCUAGUUUAAACGACGGUGUGGUCGUUGCUGUGAGUGUGUCUUCGUCGGUAGGAAGGACACUAAUCAACAAAGAAGGCACGACCACGACGAUCCCAGACCAGAAUCUCGUCGCUUCGGAGGAACACCCCAGCUUAGUAGCCGAAGCGAACAAAAGCGAAUUCAGCGUCGAAGAGAGCGAGCCGAUCACCACCAACAGCGAAGCGGCGAGAGAUUUCGUCCAGGGGUACCCUGCAAGUGUGCAGCCCCUGCCCCGACAUUUCAACCCUCCUUCGGACAAGUUGCACCACCCCAUCCACCAAACCGUCAUCUACCACAACAACCCCAGAGACCCAAAUCGGGCCAGAUCGGUGUCCUACAGCACCGUCAUCCAGUCCGUGCCUCAUCCCGAGACCGAGAAAGACUGGGGCGACGGUGACAAGCACGACCGCCACGAGCGACACUUCGAAUCCUCCUUCGGUAACAAUCUACACUCCGAAAAAGCGAAAUUCAACGAAAGCAAAUGGCAAGACAGUGGCGAAUCCCCAGGUUUCACGACGGAGCGCAAUUGGGAAAUUCGGGAAAAACCCUACACCCCGCCACGGCUACCCACCGUCUACGGCAAGCCCGAGCAAAACUACGAGGUCGACGAAUCUGCCAGUGUCAUGACCAACGGCCGCAUUCACGGGAUACAGCCGAGUCCGACCCUGCCGUCGAAGGAAGAAGUCAGCAAGAAGAUCGACGAUAAUCAGAAAGUCGGCUACGUGGUCGAAGGCCGCAAUUACAGGAAAUACAGAGUUGAGGAGCGGACCUCCGAUGGGUUCAUCGUGGGCGAGUAUGGGGUUGUGAGCCAUGACGAUGGGUCUCUGCGUGGGGUGCGGUACACCGCCGAUGGAACGAUUAGUCCUAGGUUAAUUUACGACGCGCUGAUGAAAUUCCUGUCGUUGUGAUCGAAACUCGGUGCAAUACUUGCCUUCGUACUGAUUUAAUCUAGUUCCUCCCAUUAAACUCGGUCUUAUUUCAUAGCUAAACGAGACUUGAGUGAAGUGAACUCGAACUGUACUUGUGCUAAUUAUUACAAAGUUGUCAAGCUUUUUAAUAAUCGACUAUUUGCUCAUAACUAUUUAAUAAUUAGUUUAUUGACGACAUGUUUUUAUAUUUAACUGUAACGAAAUUCUGUAAAUUAGGUAAUAAAGCCUUGCGAAAAGUGUUAUGUCUAUGGAGCACGUCGUAAUGUAUGUACACGAUUGUCAGCUAUAAACAACAAUAAAACAUUUCAAGCAUU